CUCGGUCUGUCAGUGUGCACCGAGCGUUAGGAACAAGUCUCACUAGUCGGAUUUGCAGCCAGAGAGAGAGACACAUCGAGAGAAUCCAAGCAGGACAGGCGAGAAAUGAACUAUCUAAUGACUUGCCACAUCCGAGCACAUUCUCAAAUACCCUGCAACCGAGACCCAUGAAUAAGGAUUGCAAUAUUUUUUCCACCCUGGAAAAUCUGGCAAUAAUUUUGUCAGUCUCGGCACAUUUGUAAAUUUGUGUCCAUUUGAAAUGCUUGUUUUUAAUUUGCAUUAAUUAGUUUCGUUUUGCUAUUUUCCCCCCCCGUUAAUUAUCUGGAUUGUUUGUUGCCCGUCUCAACAUUUCAAGUGCAUACGGGAUUAUUGGCAUCUAGGAGUCAAGCAGGAGAAUCCAAUUGGAGAACUAGAGGGGAGAAAGAGAUCUGUCCAGCAUCAACAUGUUCUUCUGAAGAGGCGAGGAAAAGCUCAUUCCAAACCAUCAUCUACCAUCACAUUCUCGUCCUAAUUCGGCGGAAUAGCAGAAUGCAGCGGGAGUGAAAAGGGAAUGGGAAAGAUUGGUCCAGUUUAAACCCCUCGGGAAAAAACAAUAAGCAUCACGAAAUACUGGAAAAGUAAACUCUUGCAGGGAAAAUUGCAGAAAAACGGCAGUGGGAGUUUUGUCCAAGAGCUACUUUUCCCUAAAGACGUUUUUUGUGGAAUUCUCUCCUUAAAUCCACAUAGACAGCACAUUUGUUUAAUCUAUCCUCCCGUGUGUGUGUGUGUUUUAGCAGAUAUCCAUGCAGGCUCCCAAAACACGUUGUUCCUGAUCACACUGACGGAUCCACCUGAAGCACACACGCUUUGUUCGGGUCCAGAGAUCUCCAACCUCUGGGAGCGUAGCCUAUCCCACACAGCUUUGAUGGGAGUAAAUAGACGGAAUUCGGGAUUUCAGAUGGCGAGUCGGGGCUGUGAAAAUGGAUUGGGAAUUCUCCUGAUAUUCUUAGUGGAUUUACUCGGGAUCACGGCGAGCAACAUGGAGCCCAUCUACUGGAAUUCCUUGAACAAAAGGUUUAGUGAUGAUAAGGGCUAUGUCCUGUACCCUCAAAUCGGGGAUCGCCUGGACCUCAUUUGCCCAGCAUCUGAGCCGCCCGGUCCCCGGUCCCCCGCCGAAUACGAGUACUAUAAACUGUACCUGGUGUCGUCACGGGAACAGGCAGACAGGUGUGAAGUGACCGGAGCCCCCAACCUGCUUCUCACCUGCGAUAAGCCCAACAGUGAUAUGCGUUUCACCAUCAAGUUUCAGGAGUACUCACCCAACCUGUGGGGUCAUGAAUUUAAAACCAAUCAGGACUACUUCAUCAUUGCUACAUCAGAUGGGACGCGUCAGGGGCUGGAGAGCAUGAGAGGAGGAGUUUGUGCUACACAGGGCAUGAAGGUGGUGCUGAAAGUGGGACAGAGUCCAUAUGGUCUGCCAGCCAAAUCUCCCAAACCUGACCCUGCGGACCGUAUCAACAAACCAAAUCCAGGUGCUGGAAACAACACACAUCCCAGAAUUCCCCCUAGAGGUCCUGGUGGAGAAAACGGCCCUCUCCCCCCCUCCAACAUCGCUGUUAUCGCAGGUGCAGCAGGCGGUUCAGCUUUCCUACUGCUCGUAACUGCUGUGAUCUGCGUGGUGUGCUACCGACGACGACACGCCAAGCAUUCUGAAUCACACCACCCUCCCCUUUCCCUCUCCUCCCUGACCUCGCCCAAACGGGGCUGUGUCGGGGGUGUAGGAGGCGGCAACAACAACGGCUCGGAGCCUAGCGACAUCAUCAUCCCGUUGCGGACUUCUGACUCCGCCUACUGCCCGCACUAUGAGAAAGUGAGUGGGGAUUACGGCCAUCCGGUCUACAUCGUACAGGAGAUGCCCCCUCAAAGUCCCGCCAACAUCUACUAUAAAGUAUGAGAACCGGAGACAACCUUACCGACAACAUCUGCUAAGACCACACCACACCGACCUUAAACAACGACCUAAAUCCCACCCCCACAGUCUGCACCCCAAUAGAUCAGAUCCUUUUACCUUCACACGCAUUUCUCCGACACACUGACCAUUCAUGGUCGAGUGUGUCUGUGUGUGUGUGUGUGUUACCAUUCUUCGCAAACUCACCCAACUUCGGCCUUUUGUUGGAGAGAGAAUGUCCUGAUGUGAGGGCCUCCCUCUCUCUGACAUCCCACAUGGGGAAAAAUUCUUAAAGCUAGAGAAGACCUCCUGGAGUGAAUCAGUCCACUGAAAAAAACAUGAACUCCUUUUUUGGGGGGGCAUUCUGGAGCACAAGCAUCAAAACUUUUUCUGAUGUACUUGAAAAACUGAAACUAUACACACACAAAAAAAGAAAAGAAAACUCAACCCGUCCAAACCUACAAAGACAACUUUGACUUCGAAUGCUACAUUUACUCACAAAUAGCAGUCUAGUUUGUGUUAAACUCCUUCGAAAGGGGGAGGGGCCAUUGAUUCAUCCAGUCGUCACACGGGGCUGCAGUCACGUGAUCUAGGACCCAUGUGUUUGAUUGGUGGAGUUGUAGUGGCGUGGAGAAUCCUGUAUAUUUUAAUAACGUGUGUAUUUUGUGAGUGUGUAGGAUAAAUAUUCCGACACUACUGUCGCACACGUUGUGACCGGCGUGCUUCAGUACAACUUGCGAGUGUUUUUGUGUAUGGAUGAGUGUGUGUUUGAGUAAACUGUUAGCGUGAGCAUGGGAGCGUGUGUUUGUUAGACUGUUUUAAAACCAAAACACAAAAAUAUGAGCGAACAUCAAAAAAGGUUUUUUAUCGCUUUCAACACAUAGAUUAUAAUUAUAUAUAUCUAGAAACAAUUUUUAGAUUUUCUUUUCAUGUAAAGUUACAGUUUGCUAGGCCUAAUUUUUGUUUUCCUAUUUUUUUAUGACAUGCUGACCUUGUUUCUUCCCCUUUUUGAGUGGUAAAUUAAUUUAAUGCUUUCAGAAACAGAGUGUGUUUGGUUCCCCCUCAUUUUCCUCUUUCCCAGGAGUCUCCUCCGCUCUACACAUAUAUUUUUUAUAGCUCCUUGUACUCUGAUGUAGUUUUGAAGCUAGACCUCGUUUGUGAAUGUGUUGAGGUAGAACAAUCCGAGAAAGUUUUUUUUAUUAUUAUUUUUAAAGACGCUUGGAAAAAAAGGGGAAAAAUCCAGAAAGGAGGGAAGAAUUGGAUGGGGGUGAAAUAAAAAGAAAAGAAUGCGAACACCGCCUGUUGGGAAAGCAAACGCACGAGCGAGGAAACUUCAAGUAAGACUGUGAAACUAUGGAAGAAUCACACAUUAAAAGAAAAAAAAAUAGGGGAGGGGGAGGUGGGGGGAGAGAAGGAAAGUCGAAAGCUGAUUGAAGGAGAAGAGAGAGAGGGAUGGAAAGGUUUUCAAUAAACUCGUCUGAAGCUGUGGAAGAGGCAGAUUUGGGCCCAAUGGUCUUCUGAGGUACAAAGAGACAGAUGAGGGGAAGAAAGAAACUCAUUCUCUCAGAUGGACAACAGGAUAGAUGGACACAGAAUUACUCUUUAAAGACACACACUGCUCUUUUUUGUUCACAUGAAGUGAAGUGGAAAUAUUUCUAGUCUCAUUUCAGAUUCUUGAGUAUCGGACACGUCUCAAUUUAAUAGACAUGUUCACACACACAGACGGAGAAUGACUUAAUGGCCAUGGCACACAGAAAAGCUCUUGUAGAGAUUUUCAUCACACACACACACACACACACACACAUGCACAGCUCCAAAACACAAUCAAAAGCCAUUCUGAUUGGGCAUAUAUGCUGGUUACCUCAACAAAUGCCAUGAUUAGCGUUGUUUUGUCACAUUCUCUUUCUCUCCUCUCUCUCUCUCUUUCACUCUCUUACAAACACACACACACACAUAC